CGCCUUGGUACCUUUCCUCAUUCUGCCCGUAUAUUUCCCCGCAAGACGAGCAUGUCUUUGAUUCCUCACGAUCACCAUGCCGCUGGAUACGAUAUAUCUUACUCGCCAUGGGCAUCGCCUCAACUGGACGAUUGACGUGCACACUGGCACCUACAAGUCCCAAUUUCCAACUCCAACGGGCAAUCCAGCAGAUCCAGCACUGACAUCGCACGGCGUACGUCAGUCACAUGAGCUUGCUGUACAUAUUGCCGGGCCAGACUUCCACCCGAAGCCCUUUCGAGUCUACUCGAGUCCGUUCUACCGAUGUCUUCAGACCAUUCAGCCGUCUGUAGAGGCACUCAAGAAGAUACAGCAAGAGUCCAAGUCUACCGGUAGUAAAACAGCUCCUCGCGGGGAAAUAGACCCAGCUGCCGACUUUAAUGUGAGAAUUGAGAAUGGCUUAGGUGAAUGGUUCGGUCCAACAACCUUCUUCGACCAUCCUUCUCACCCCACUGCGAGCACUAUGCAUACUCACUUCCCAUUCAUUGUCCCGUCUUCCCCGGAGACCAGGUACAUGCCGCUUCUGCACCCCUCUACCCGUGGCGAGACCAUUGCCCAGCUACACAAUCGUGUGGCCGCGGCACUGGAAGGCAUCAUCGCCGAUGUCGACGCAGAAAUUACCGCUCUGGAGGCUACUCUCCCCGUCGAGAAGCGCACUGGGAAAUCGAUCCUGAUCUGCGCACAUGCCGCGCCGCUUAUUGCGAUGGGCCGUGUUUUGACCGGACGGAUGCCUGAAGAUAGCUCUGAGGAGGACUUUUAUGUGUUCACCGCGGGCAUGAGCACUUUCAAACGGAGAGAGUGUAGGGAGAAAGAUGAGAGUCGUCCCCAGGCUUUAUUGGCUGAGGGCACGCAGUUUGUUCGUUCUCAGGGCGUGCCGGCUUGGGAAGGUGGUCGGGGUGUUGGGGGUGGAUGGGAUUGUACGAAGAACGGAGAUUGUACUUUCUUGAGUGAUGGUGCCGAGCGUGGAUGGCAUUUCAACGGCGAAGAGUCUUUCAACACCGGCCCGAUGGCACCGUCUACUGAGCCGCCUGUCAUUGCGGAUUCGUCCGCCUCUGGGGGAGGUAGACUGGGUACCAAGCUGUGAGCAAGUAGGUUGGUGGUAGAUAUUGCAUCGAAUAUAUAGAGAGAUACAUAAGUUAUCAGAUUAUAUCCCGUCGCCUCGGGCCCAUAUCAUUGCA